AUGUAUAGAAAUAAAAUACCAAAUUUUGAUAUUGAAAAAUUUUGGUUGAACAAAACAAUUCCAUCAAGAAUUGCAAUUGCAUUAUCUGGUGGUGGAUAUAGAUCGAUGUUGAUUGGAGCAGGAAUAAUUUCAGCAUUUGAUGAACGUGAGAUACAAAAAUUAAAUCAUUUAAGUGGAAUUUUACAAGCUACAAGUUAUUUUGCGGGUAUUAGUGGUGGAGCUUGGUUAGUUAUGUCACAAUUUGUAAAUGAUUGGCAACCUAUUAGCACAAUUUUAAAGGAAUGGAAUUUGAAACAAAGUUUAUUAGAAGGGACAUAUGAUGUUGAUAAAGAACAACUCAAGAAAAAGAUUAGCAAAAGAAAUAUAUUUCAAUUACCUAAUGAAUCUUUAAGCUGGUUUCAAAGAAUGUUUGAUUCAUCUGAAGGCACAUUUUUGGAGUGUAUUCGAUUUUACAAAGAAUUAUUAAUUGAAGUUAGAGACAAAAGGAAAGCUGGAUUUCAUAUAAGUCUAACUGAUUAUUGGGGUAGAGCAUUAGUUAGAAAAUUAUUUACAACAUCAGCAAGAACUCCAGGUACAACCGUUACAGCUGCUACUAAACAGCUAAAAACUUUUCAGCAAUUUGAUCAACCAUUUCCAAUUAUUGGUACAAUUGCUAAAAACCCAAUAGAUAAUGAAACAGAUCCAAUGAAGAAAUUUUCAAGUUUAGAUAGUCAAGUAUUUGAAUUUAAUGCAUUUGAAUUUGGUUCUUGGGAUAACAAUGCAUUUGUUGAUUUAGAGUUCUUGGGACUGAAAUUAGAAAAUGGAAUUUCAAAAGUAAUAGUAAAUGGUUCAAAUUUAUGUAUAUCUGGAUUUGACAAUGUCGGUUUUUUAACAGCUACAUCAUCAUCAUUAUUUAAUCACAUUUUUAAAUUUGUGUUCAACUAUAUUGAGAAAAAUCAACUGGAAACAAUAUUAUUAUUAGAAAACAUUUUAAAAUUAUUUGGAUUUAGUCAAGAAUGGAAAUUUUUCAAUACUCCACAACAACAUCCCGAUCAUGCAUUAUAUUCACCAAAUCCAUUUUGGAAAUUUGGUUCAUCUCAUAUUGCAAAUAUUUCAGAUUUAUACUUGGUAGAUGGAGGAGAUGAUGGACAAAAUUUACCAUUCCAACCAUUAAUUGGUAAAGCUAGACAAAUUGAUUUAAUUUUGGCGUAUGAUGUGAGUGGUGAAUUUUUCAAUUAUCCAAAUGGAUCAGUUUUGCAACAUACUCACAAAAGGUUUUAUAAUAAUGCAACUACCAUGUUUCAGAUUCCGAUUUUUAAAACUCCAAAUGGUUCAUUUAAAUCAAUAUUCCCAAAAAUACCUACACCAGAAGAAAUUAUGGAUCAAAAAUAUAAUGAAAAGCCCAUUUUCUUAGGUUGUGAUGUUGAAGAAGAUUUUGAUGAUUUUGAAGCCCCCGGUAAAACUAAAUUGUUUGAUUAUUUCCCACCAAUAAUAAUGUAUCAAUCAAAUUCAAAUUACAUACAUAAUACUAAUUAUUCUACAUUCAAAUUAAGUUAUAAUGAUACUGAAGUCAAACAUAUCUUGGAUAAUGGAUUUGAAAUUGCAACUUUUUAUAACUCUUCCAUAUUUGCUACUUGUUUAAAUUGCUUCAUACUAAAAAGAGAAUUUGAUAGAUCAACCACACGCAAAGUACCUAAAUUUUGUCAAACUUGUUAUCAAACGUAUUGUUGGAAAAAAACAUGA